AUGAAAACUUGCUACAGUCUUUUAAUAAAAUAUUCUGAAAAUUAAUAUUAAAAAAAUACAAUUAAACAAUUUUUUUCUUUUAUUAAAAUAUAAGCUCAAUUUAAAAUGAAUCACAGUUAAAAAUAGUAUUUUUAUUUAUUUGCUAUUAUAGGAUUGCUAAAAGUAAUAGUUAAAAGCUAAAUCAUAGGACAAAUGAAUUUUAUGAUAAUAGAAGAAUUGAAUUGUGUAUUUUACCACAUUCCUUAAGAGAGUAAGCAACAAUGGCGUUUUAAAUUUUUUAUUCCAAAUGAUAAUUAUGAUGGAUAAAAGCGGCUAGAUUUGCCUUCAGUGAUUAAUCCUCCAUAAUAUUAUAUAGAUAAUAACUAAGUUUAUAUUUCUACUAUGGAAGGACUUUUAGAAAAUAAUCAAAGAUAAUUUUUUUAUUUUGACUUAAGAGUUGAUUUUAAUCAAAUUAGAGAUGGAUUUUUAAGAAAUAGGUAAUGCGCUGGUACUUUUUAUGUUAAAAAAUAUGGUGAGUAUUAUUAUUUCAUUUGUGCAGCAAGAUACAUUAUCUAAGAUAAGGAUUUUUCAAAUCUUUAAUACAAAACAUAGAUUUUUUAAUAAAUAUCACAAAUGUCAUGUUAAUCUAAUUAUUAAAAUUAUAUGAUUUCUUAAGAUCUUUUGAUAUAUAAAUCUUAUAUUAUUAAUAUCAGUUCUUUAAAUUAAUACUGCUAUUCUUUACUUUUAGUUGAUAAAUAGUUUGAUCUCUUUGUUUACGAAGAUGACAAUACAAUAACUAUUUGCUAAUUAGAUGUUAAUUCAAGUAAUCUUAACUGUUUAAAAUAAUUAAUAAUAAAUAAACCCUACAUAGGCAUAAGUAUUUUCUAAAUAUUUAUUUCAUAAGUAGUAGAAUCUAAUGGAGUUAAUUUAAUUGCAUUCGCUCUAUCUGCUUAAAAAGUUCACACUUUCUACGAUAUCAGCACUUUUACUGUUUUGUAAACUUCGGGUUAUAUAAAACAAAUUGAUAACAUAACUUAAUCUAUUUAAAUAAAAAAUAUAAUUAUGGUCUAUCAAUAGUAAAAGGUUGAUUAAAAAAUAAUUUUCAGAUAUAAUAUUCAAACAUAAAAAGUAGAUAUUACAUAAUUAGAUUGGAAGAACUCAUAAUAUACAUUUACAAAUGCAUUAACAAAUUAAUUUUAACCUUAUAAAGGAACAUUAUAAAGAUUUUCUAAUUUAUAAAAUUUUGAUAAGAAUCCUCCUAAUAGUGAAGUAAUUGCUAUAACAUUAUUAAUUGACAAGUAAGAUUUUAGCACAAUAAUUUGGAAUAAAAAUUUUAUCCUGGCCACUUGCAGAGAUUAUUGUGAUGAUUGUUAGCAAGCAAUAGAUAGUCAGAAGUGUUUAUAAUGUUUAAUAAGCUAUUUUCUUUAGCCAGAUAAUAUUACAUGUGAAAAAUCAUGCCCUAGCUUAUCAAUAUAGAAUAAUGAUAAUUUGACUUGUGAUUGCGUUUAAAAUGCGAGCUUAAUAAAUAAUUAAUGUUAGUGCAAUAGUUAGUUUCAUAUGGAAGGAAAUGCAUGUAUUUAAUGCUCUAUUCCUAAUUGUGGUUAGUGUAAAGAUUCGAUAGCAUGUAUGAAGUGUUAAUAAGGAUACUACUUAUUUGAAGAUUUCUCUUGCAACAUUUGCAAUAUCUAGGAUGGUUAUUAUAAAAAUGGAUAAAACUGUUUGCGUUGCUUCCAUUCAUGUUAAACUUGUGAAGGUCCUAAUUAAAAUUAAUGUCUAAGUUGUAAACUUCCAGAUUUUUAUAUGUUUUAGGAUAAACAAUGCAAACCAUGUGACAUUAACAAUGGUAAUUUUAUCAGUAAUUAAAAUUGUAUUUCUUGUUCUGAAAAUUGCAAGACAUGCUUAGGUGCUAAUCAAAAUCAAUGUACAAGUUGUUAUGAAGGUUAUGAUAUCAUCAAUAAUUUUUGCUAAUAGACAUCCUUAAAUUAUAAUUCUCAGGUUUUUACUGAAUAAAAGAUAUAAUAAAUUUAAUAGAUAUCUUCUUCAACAUCAUCUGCAUUGAUUGUUAGCACUACCAUUAUGAACUUAAUUCAAAAUAUAGGAUCUAACUCUAGCUUUGGCAUCUUAAUUUCUAGCCUAACAGUAUAAAAGCUAGCUUAUCUAUAUCUUUUGAAUGCAAACUUACCAAAGUAAAUUUCCUCUGCAUUAGAAAUUCUAUCUGGAAAGUUACCUUCUCAGUAGUUUAAAGUCUUAAAUCCAUUUAGUUAACUAUUAGAUAACUAUUUAAUAUAAUACUAAAAUAUUAAAUAUUAAAAAAUGGAACUUCCUUACCAUAUUUUAGUCAACUGUGGUUAAGCUAUUAUUUUAUUUGCUAUAUGCUCUUUUCUCUUUGCACUAUUUUACAUCUUAACAGAGAAAAUUUAAAUAGAUAAAGUCAAACAAAAUUCAAUUAAAGUCUACUAAUCUUUAUUCUCAUCAUUGAUAAUUUAGUAUUUUCAGUUAAUAAUAUCCAUUUUCGUAAUUAGUAUUAACUAACAGAUUAAAGAAUUCUUUUUAUAAUUAAGUAUUGAGUAAUUAGGAAUUAAAUUAUUUAUUACAUACAUUUUGUUAAUUUUAACAAAAUUUAUAUGUAAAUAACAAUACAAAUAUUUAAAUACUGAAAAUAAUAUGUAACCAGAGAUGAGCUUUUAAGAAAUUACUAAAAAUAAAAUAUAAAAUGAAACCAUUUAUGAUUCAAAAUUGAGAAGAAAUUUUAUAAUUAUUUACCAAUUUUAUGAGUCUUUUCUCCUACCUACUUGCUUUAUUUAACUUUGCAAUAACUGGAUAGCAGCAAAUAUUGUAUCAAUAAUCCUUUAUUUAAACCUUUUUGUAAUGGUUAUCUACUUGAGGCCUUUUUUCUCUAAAUUAACUAAUAUGUAUUUUAUAAUUAAUUAUCUAAUUUGGUUGUUGCUGUAAAUUUAAUUCUUGGUGCUCAAUUAUUACUGUAAUUAAAAUAAUAUCUCUGAAUAUACUUAGGAUAUAGAUGCUAUUAGUUUAUCUUUUUUAAUAAAUAUCCUAAUAGUUUAACUAAUUUAGCCAUUUUAUAUGCUAGUAACUCUCAGCAUAAAGAUUUAUGAUCUUGUUAAAUAAAAAAUAGUUGAAAAAAAAUUAUAAUAACAAGAAGAUUAAUUAAAUCAAUAAUAAUUUACUGAUUUGAAUUAAUCAAACACAUAAAUUGAGCUAGUAAAUAACAAAAUCAAACCUUUUAACAUUAUUAAAAUUUUUAAGUAAAAUAAGUGCUCUUAAAAUUAAAAAGAUGAAUUAAAUAUACUAGAUAAGUAAAAUCAAUCUGAAAUAAUUUAAAAAUAUGAUUGAGUGUUUUUGUUUUGUAUUUUUAUGUUUAUUUUAUUUUAAAAUACUUUAUGUUAAUAAUAAUUUUUUUUUCUUUC